AUGGACUCUCUCGCCAGACGUGUGGCUGACAUCUUUGAUGAAGAGUCAGAAAACGAUCAGACGUUUCAUGGAUUCUCCGACAGUGAGAUAAGUGAUCUUUUGGACAUCAAGACGUCCGACAGUGGCGAUGGCGUCUCUGUGACCAGGACCCCUGCCCCUCCUCGCUUCCAACUGAGGGUCAGCCUGCGCUCCCAACCAGCUGCUCUCCCCUCCAGUGAGGAGGAUGAGAGGAAAGUUGAAGAGAAGAAAGUUAAGAAGGAGAGGAACGUUAAGAAGAAAGAGGGGAACAUUAAGGAGGAAAAGAAAGAUAGGAAAGUUAAGGAGGAAAUGGAGGACGUGAAGUUGGUGAUGACGGCAGCUUUUGGUUCUGGGUCUGAUUCUGAGGUGGAGGAACCCAAGUCGUUCCUUGACAAACGGGCUCAGAACAUCAAAGCCAACAAAGCCAUGUUGGCCAGGCUGAUGGCUGACCUGCAGCAGAUGCCUGGAGGCGAACGUCUGCUGAAGAAUCAGGGAGCCAAGCGACUCAAAGAGAAGACUUCUCGGCCCCCCUGGUCGGGCCAGGCUGGAGGAGGCUCCAGGAGGAACCCUGAGAGGAUGUCCAGGAGGAGGACCCGCUCCAUGGGGCCGGACGACGACGCUGCUGCCCCUCCAGAGCUGGAGCUCAGCUUGGAGGACGAGCUGCUGGAGGUCCGAGGAGCAUCUCGUCGCCGUGGCAACCCGCGGCCGUACCAGGGCAAGGCCCACGUGGGGCGGCCGGUGGAGGAGGUGACGGAGGAGGAGCUGGAGCUGGUGGCCGACAGUUUGACGGAGAAGGUUUACAGCAGCUCCACGGGCACCACUUGUCACCAGUGUCGUCAGAAAACGGUGGACACCAAGACGAGCUGCCGCAGUGAGACGUGUCGAGGGCUCCAGGGUCAGUUCUGCGGCCCCUGCCUGAGGAACCGCUACGGGGAGAACGUCAAAACGGCUCUGCUGGACCCGAUGUGGACCUGCCCUCCGUGUCGAGGGAUCUGUAACUGCAGCUUCUGUCGUCUUAGAGACGGACGCUGUCCCACCGGCAUCCUGCUCCCCCUGGCCCAGUACCACGGCUUCUCUGACGUCCACUCCUACCUCAGCAGUCUUCGUGACAAGCUGAAGACUGUGGAGGAAGAGGAGAGUGUGUGA